CUGCUACGACUGCUACUCCUCGGUCGGCGCCCCUUCCCUUCUCUCCUUCCUCCCUCCCUCCCUCCCCGACCGGAGUGUCCUCCCUUUACCUAUCCACCCGCCCUCUCCGCCUCCUCCUCCUCCUCCUCCUCCCGGACUGAGCGAGCGAGGGAGUAGCGAUGGCGGCCGCCGGGGCUCUCUCCAAGCACGAACAGAUCCUGGUCCUCGAUCCGCCCACCGACCUCAAAUUCAAAGGUCCCUUCACAGAUGUAGUCACUACAAAUCUUAAAUUACGAAAUCCAUCGGACAGAAAAGUAUGUUUUAAAGUGAAGACUACAGCACCUCGUCGAUACUGUGUGAGGCCAAACAGUGGAAUUAUUGACCCAGGUUCUUCUGUAACUGUAUCAGUGAUGUUACAGCCUUUUGAUUAUGAUCCAAAUGAGAAGAGUAAACAUAAGUUUAUGGUACAGACAAUCUUUGCCCCCUCAAACAUUACAGAUAUGGAAGCAGUGUGGAAGGAUGCAAAGUCUGAUGACUUAAUGGACUCCAAAUUGAGAUGUGUAUUUGAAAUGCCUAAUGAAAAUGAUAAGCUGCAGAGAGGGUUUGCAGAGCCUAAUCCUUUAGCCGUUGGUUUAGUCACGCCCCUAAGUCUUGCAAUGAGAGAUCUGCUGAGUGCUGAGGGCAUGUCUCAGCUUCCACCUCAGACUUUAUCUUCAUCAGGAUCCGUACACAUAACUCCAUCCAACAGCAAGAAUCUUCAGAUACCUGCAAGUUAUAGCCAGAAGAUUGACAUGAUGGAGCAAGGCAGUGAGGUCAAACACAAGAUGAAUCAGAAUGACAUAGAUGCAAGCAAAUCUGCUCCAAUACUGAAUACAGCUAAACAGGAUGGUCCAAUGCCAAAACCACACAGUGUUUCACUUAAUGACACCGAAACAAGGAAGCUAGUGGAAGAAUGCAAAAGACUUCAGGCGGAUGUGGUGAAACUAUCAGAGGAAAACAGACAUCUGAGAGAUGAAGGUUUGAGGCUGAGAAAGGUGGCACACUUGGAUAAACCUGGAACAUCAGGCUUGGCUCUCCGAGAUAAUGUCUCCAAUCCUCUUCCCUCACUUCUUGUUGUAAUUGCAGCCAUUUUCAUUGGAUUCUUUUUAGGGAAAUUCAUCUUGUAGAGAGGGGAAAAAGAGAGAGAAGCAUGCAGAAUGCAGCUUCCUUUUUUUUCUUGGCCAGAAAAAAAAUGUAUUUACCUACCACUUCAUUGGUAGUAUGGCCCCAAGUGACCAUUAUUGUGUACAGCAUCAUAUAGGCUUUGCCUCUAAUGAUCUUGCACGGUUAGACAACACAAUAAAAAGACAAACUGGUCGGCUGCUGGACAAAUUGUAUAUUAAUUCAUCAAUAGCAGGUGUCAGUUGCACAUUCAGUCCUUUAUGAAAAGUCAUACAUAAAUAAAGAAUUGUUCUUUCUUUCUGUGGUUUUAAUAAGAGUUCAAAAAUUGUUCAGAGUCUUGUAAAUGUUAUUUUAAUAAUCCUUUAAAAAAUUAUCUGUUGCUCUUGCCUCUUGGAAAAUGAUUAUUAGAAUGUUAAUCCCACUUGUUCAGGAAUAUGAUGAGGCAUUCUGCGGGGAAAUGAUUCCUCUUAGUGUGUAAAUUUUAUCCUUUACCUUACUUUGCUAAUAUCAUGGCAGAAUUUCUUACCCCUUGUGAGGCAGUUGUUAAAGUUUUCAUCCUUACAGCCCUGUCCCAUGGUAUUUAACAUACAAAAAAAUAAAACUGUUAACAUACUUUAUGCUGGGUAGCUUGUUUCUAUGAAUUAUACUUUGAGAAAAGUUUUCCUUCAAGUUUUACACAUAACCUUGUCACAGAUGAAUAUUGUUCAGUUCACUAGCUGUGGCUUGAACUGGUGCUAGUGAAGCUUUGGAAGAAAUAUAGCUGUUUCCAUACUAUUUAACAGCGGCAGAAAAGGUUUCUGGCUUUUUAAGCAAAACGAAAGGUUAGAAUUAGUUCUGUUUUGGGACAUGGGACUAAUUACAAGAGGCAGGUAUUUUAAACUUGUCUUUUAAAAUAGUGGUGGACUUUGCAGGUAUCUAAUAGGUAUAUUUCUGUUGAUUCAUUGAUGCUCCCUUAUCUGGAGUCCCCAGUAAUCCGUUAAUGAUCAAUAAUUUUACAUCCAGGCUGACUAGUCCAGAUGUUUUCUGGAAAUACAUUCUUUGUGACCUUUCCAAAUAAAUUUUCCUUAAGUACCCCAGGUUGAUUCCAGCUGAGCAAUCAUUUAUCAUUUAGUUUUAUGAAAGGAAAAUAAAGUUUUGUCCAGCAAAUACGUCUUGGCACACUUGCCCAUUAGCUAUGCAUACCUUCUGUGUUCUAGAAAGUUUAUUUUGUUGGUUCUGAACUGCUUCUCCUCACUUAACCUCAUGGCUUGUUUCAUUUCUGAUCUCUAUGUCAUUAAGUAGAUAAUUUUGAAAGCACAAUACUUAGCUAUUUUUAACUGUUAGCCACCAUAGGGAGUUACUUCAGAACUGACAUUCUUGAAAGGCUUAUUCCUGUAGGCAGAAUUUUGUAUAUUCUUGGAUAUGGUUGCAGCUAACUGUUCAAUCUUAUGUAGCUGAGAAAUGUUCUAGCAAAAAUAUACAUCUUGGUUGCCUUUGA